AUGUUUUACUUCAAGAAGAUCAUCACCCUCUUAUUCCUGUCCUGUCUCUUCUUCAAGGCUAGCCUGGCCACUCCUUUUGCCGAACCAACCGACGUUGCCAACGCCGAUGAUGUAGUUGCUGAGAACAUUGGCACUGCAACCGUCAACAACCCUAACGAGGCCUCCGACGAUGUCGACGGUAACGGCAUGUCCGCAGCUUCCACGGAUGUUGAGAAAGAGUUGAACCCUGCAAAACGAUCGUUUCUGCGAAAGCAGGUGCAGCGUCUUGAAUUUGUGCAAUUGCAACGAUAA